AUGAGUGAAGCAAAUAGAAGGAAAAACAAAAUAAAUACUAGGUAUAAUGAUGAGCAGGAAAUUAAAAUUCUUAGGAAUAGAAUCAUUAUAGAGCUUCCAUGUAGAGGAAAAUGCUGGAAUAAUCCUAAUAUUUUAAAGAAUAGCAAUAUUGACAGCAAAAAUACCGAGUUCCUUACUAAAAGAACCAAAAUUGAGGAUAUCAUGAGCCUUGACUUAUUCUCUGAUCUUCCAAUAAGUAGGAGAACUUUGGAGGGUUUGAAGGCGGAAGGUUAUCAUCAAAUGACAUUGAUUCAAAAAAAUUCAUUGCCUCAUUCGUUACAAGGAAGAGAUAUAAUUGGCCAGGCCAGAACAGGUAGUGGAAAAACGUUAGCAUUUGUAAUACCAAUAUUAGAAAAUUUAUAUAGGGAUCAUCAUUGUUCUCUGGAUGGUCUCUUAGCUUUAAUUUUAACUCCAACCAGAGAGCUUGCCAGCCAAGUAUUUGAUGUCAUUAGAGAAGUUGGUAAAUUUCACUCAACCUUAUCAGCCGGGUGCAUUGUUGGUGGGAAGGAUAUUAAGUCGGAAUCAUCAAGAAUAAAUAUGCUGAAUAUUCUUGUUGCAACUCCUGGAAGACUUAUUCAACAUAUGGAUGAGUCACCACUUUGGGAUGCAAAUAAUUUAAAAAUUUUAGUGAUAGAUGAAGUGGACAGAAUGCUUGAUAUGGGAUUUUUAAACGACAUAAAAGUAAUUUUAGAUGGUAUCCCAUCUCCAUCUACUGGAAGACAAACUAUGGUUUUUUCUGCUACUAUUUACUCAUCUGAGUUAUCUAUAACAAAAAUUGAUAAUUUAUUUCGAACUGACAAUCUUGAAUGUUUUUCACUUGACAAUGUAGGAACACUACCUAGAUAUCUUCAGCAACUAUAUAUCAAAGUUGAUAUUCAUGAAAAAAUUGAUACUUUAUUCAACUUUUUACGCACUCAUAACAAUAAAAAAAUCAUUGUUUUUGUUUCUUGUUGCAAGCAAGUUAGAUUUUUAUCUACUGUUUUCACAAAGUUAAAAAUAGGAUGCAAGAUAUUAGAAUUACAUGGAAAGCAAUCAUUACAAAAGAGACUCGAGGUGGUUCACAGCUUUUAUACGCAUGACAAUUCAACCAAAUUAAAUGAAAAAGUUAGAUUGAAAAGUACUGGGAGAAAUUCAAAUUUUUUCAAUGAGGGUUCAGUUUUAUUUUGUACCGAUAUUGCUUCUAGAGGGUUGGAUUUCCCCAAAAUUGAUUGGGUUAUUCAGUUAGAUGUUCCUGAGAAUGCAGAUACUUAUAUUCACAGAAUUGGUAGGACGGCAAGGUAUGUUUCUAGAGGCAAAUCGUUGUUGUUUCUUAUGGAUAAUGAAAUUUAUUUUUUAAAGGAUCUAUAUGAAAAAGGAAUAGAUACACUAAAAAAAGUUACUCCUAAUGAGUACGAGAUGAGAUAUACAAUUCACUCUUCAUUACAGAGCUUGUGCGCAUCAGAUCAAAAUAUAAAAGAUAUGGCAGAAAGAGCAUUUUCUGCAUAUGUCAAAAGUCUCUUUAUUUUAACUCCAAGUGAUAAGCGUGAUGGCCUUGAACAAUUGAAGUUUUCUGCAUUUGCGUUGUCUUUGGGAUUGGCAAUCCCCCCGAAAAUUAAAAUUAACAGUAUAGAGGAGAAUAAAAAAGCUUUGAUAUCAAAACACUCCUCCAAGCUUCAAAAAUUUAAGGAGAAAAUGAGACAAAAGAAGCAAUUGAAACAAUCUAUUGAAAAAGUUAAUAUGGAUUAUAAUAAAUCAAAUAUAUUACAAAAUAACGAGGGGAAAUCAAUAGAUACUUUUCAAGAUUACACAAUUCUUCACUCAAAUAAUGAAUCUAUCGUUUAUCAAGAAAAGUUCUCAACUACUUCACUAAAUGAAAAAACUGCCAUUGAUAAAUUGAGAUUUAGAUCUGAUUACUCUGGCAAAAUACGAGGAUAUGGAAAUUCUGAUUUUGAAAAACAACACGUAUUUUUCAGUGAUGAAGAACCGAGCACAUUUGACCAAGAUAAUACACACAAAGAUUCAGAUGUUGACUCCCAAAGGAAAUUUAUUGAGAAGGUUAAGAGCCGUUUGAAAAACCAAACUGAAAACGACAAAGAAAGAGACAGAGAAAGAGUGCAUGAAAUGCAUGUUAAAAAAAGAAGAAUUUCACGUGGGUUUAGAAAGGAGCAAUUAAAUGAAGUAGAUGAAGCUGAAUUUACUGAACAUAUAGAAGAGGAAGAAAACGGGAUAUAUGAUGAAGAUAAUUUAGAAAAUUUAACUACAGCGGCUUUAGAAAAAUUAGGAAUACAGAUAUAA